UAUAUUAAUACUCGUCAUCCUCCCGUGAUUAUUGCAGUGUUUGGAAUUAUUGAUUAUGAUUGAGAGUGCGAUGAGAUCGAGAAUGACAAUCUGGAACGUGCUGCUUGUUCUACUCCAGCUACUUGUUUAUGAAAGUUUAUCAGAAAAGAUAAUAACGACAUACAAUGACUUUGGUCUGACGCCGAUUGAUCCGGAAAUUGUCGAUGUCAUCGACUGGAAGCAUCAUGCAUGUCGACGAACAUGCAAGGAUGAUGCGGCGCCUCUGGACUGUUAUUAUACCUUCAAACUGGAGUCUUACCAGACAAUGAGUAAAGCGUGUUACAAUUGCCCCUUCAACAUCACAGACUGCUUUCGGCCUCAUUGCAUCCCGGCGGAUGGCAUAAAUCGAUCUCUCAUGGUUGUGAACCGGCAAAUGCCAGGCCCGCCGAUCGAGGUGUGCCAAGGCGACAGGAUAAUAGUCGAUAUGAUUAACUUAUUGCAUGCGGAGAGCACUACGAUGCACUGGCACGGCCAGCAUCAUGUUGCCACGCCAUACAUGGACGGUGUACCCUACGUAUCGCAAUGUCCUAUCCCUCCUGGAGCAACCUUCCAAUACAAUUACGUCGCCACUGAAGCCGGCACGCAUUUCUGGCAUUCUCAUACAGGAUUUCAAAGAGGUGAUGGCGUGUUCGGUUCGUUAAUCGUUCGUGUACCCCCUAAAAUGAACUGGCACAAGGAUUUAUAUGAUUACGAUGAGCAUACAUUAAUAGUCGCCGAUUGGGUUCAUGAAUUGGGUCUCACCAAGUUCCUGGCGCAUUAUCAUGCUAACGGUACAAACAAAGCGCCGAACUUACUCAUAAACGGCUUGGGCCGUUUUAAAGAUAAAAAUAAGACGUUGGCUGAUAUGCCUAUUACGACGUUCGUCGUAAAACCGAAAUCUCGGUACAGAUUCAGACUUAUUAAUGCAGAGUUCCUGAAUUGUCCUAUAGAAGUUUCUGUCGACAACCAUACUUUGUACGUAAUCAGUUCAGAUGGGCGUGAUAUUGUAUCGGUACGAGCCGAAUCGCUGGUAAGUUACGCCGGGGAAAGAUUUGAUUUUAUAAUUAACAUGGACCAACCGGUGGACAAUUACUGGAUAAGAUUUCGAGGAUUGAUGGAUUGCGAUGAAAGAUUUACGAGCGCCUAUCAAGUCGCAAAAUUGCGAUACGAAGGCGCACCCGAUAAAGAACCAAUAACAGAAGUUUCAUAUGAUCGUGUAAGAAAUAACUCCUAUGGACUGCAAGUAAACGCUUUAAAUGAAGGAACUGAAUCAAAUAAUAGCAUCAGUAUGCCAAUGUUGAACGCGAUGGACGACGAUGAUAUUUCAAACAUCAAAGAACCUGAUUAUCAAUUUUACAUAUCAUAUGAUUUUUACGGGAAAGAUAAUCCGAAUUUUCAUCGCAAGGAUUUAUAUGGUUUCCAUCAAGUAAAACCACAAACAUUCACACCGCAAUUGAAUCACAUAUCAAUGAAGCUGCCGCCGUUUCCGCUCCUGUCUGAAAGACAUCUUAUUAAGCCAGAUCAAUUUUGCAACUCCAGCACGGUCGUGGGAUGCGAGAAGGAAUAUUGCGCUUGCACUCAUGUGCUUCAGAUUAAAACUGGUAGCGUAGUGGAACUAGUUCUUGUUGACGAAGGUGUUCCGUAUGAUGCAAAUCAUCCGUUUCACCUUCACGGCUAUCAGUUCCGUGUAGUGGCUAUGGAAAGGAUAGGACAUAAUAUUACCAUCGCUGAAGUGAGAGAACUAGAUAAACAAGGUUUAAUACGCAGAAAACUUAAACGGGCACUUCUGAAGGAUACGGUGACCGUACCCGACGGUGGUUAUACUAUUGUGCGAUUUCACGCUAAUAAUCCAGGAUAUUGGCUAUUCCACUGCCACAUCGAGUUUCAUGCGGAAGUAGGAAUGUCACUGAUCUUCAAGGUGGGCGAAAACGAGGAAAUGCCAGCUGUGCCUUAUAAUUUUCCUAAGUGCGGUGACUGGAAACUGACGAACAAGACAAAUUCGACAAUAACCAAACAAUCCAAGAACAACGAGUAUCUUGAGGACAUGAUUAAGCAAUUUUCAGUAUACAUGGCGUAUUUUAGACAACUCUUGACAUUCUAUACAUCCUCGGCAUCCAGUUCGAGUAUAACACUGCUACUUUUUAUCGCUUGUCUUUUAAGCUCUAUGACUCGCAUGCAAGCGUUUUAAGACAUAUCUAUGUAAAUAGUCUUGAAGUAUUGGAGUCACAUUAUGGAAGACUUUUACAGCAGAUUUAAUUCAAUAUGGUCACGAAUUUACUGGCAAACGUUUUCUUCUCUUUCGUUUUAUUUUGAACAAAUAUGUGACAAUCAUUGCACGUAAUAUGAGCAAAAACGUAAGUAUAAAUAAAUUUAAAUGAUCGUGUACCAGUAAUGGACGGAUGUUUAGUCAUAAUUAAAUAUAUUACGAAGUAUUAAUAUUUCUAGGAAACAUCUGUCUGUGUUUUGAUUGUCGUUGGUGACGCUAUUUCUCGCGAAACUGAUGAAUUUUAUACGAAAUGGUGAUAGAAAUUUUUUUUAUAUAUUUCGCGGUCAUAUUGUGUAUUUAUUUCCGACGAGCGAAUGGACGUUAUCUCAACAAGUGACUUGCAUUUCUGUGAUAUAAAAAUAGAUUACAAUUAUAACUAUCAGAUUGUCAAUUACCCUAUCCGGUAAUGUAUACAGUGUUCUAAUUUAAUUCUUAUUAAUUUCAAUAAUGAAUCAUUUUUAUUCACAUAGAAGAAUCAAUAUCGGCGAGAAUGUCAUGCGAUAGUAAUGU